UUCCCCCCUCCUCAAACCCUCGUCCAAACCCUCGUUCCCCAAUCUGGCCGCCGCCGCCGCGCCUGUCGGCCCGUGUUCCGUCGCGCCGCCGCUCCCCACCUCACCCUCGGAGCCGGAGGCAAAACCACCUCUCCCAUCGCCGCUGGCCUUAAUCGCGCCGACCCCCUUCCUCCUCCCAACCCCCACAAUGGCAGCAUCGCAGAGUUCAAUAGCGAUGGUGCCGUCGAGGUGCACAGCAGAGACGCACACGGCGCGGGGCAAGGUUGCGUUCGAGAUUGCUGGCUACAGCCGUCUCAAGGGCCUAGGUAGAGGCAAAUGUCUCCGUUCUUCAGCAUUCUCCAUCGGCGGCUACGAAUGGUGCAUCCGCUACUACCCCGACGGAUGCCAAGGCGAGGCGGGUGACGGUUACGUCUCUGUUUUCGUCGUGCUCCUGACCAAGAACGCCGAGGUGAGGGCGCUCAACAACUGGAUGCUUGUGAAUGGGGUUAGUGGGCAGUCGAUUGUGGUGCUCUCGGGUAAAGCGCCACGAGUGUUCGACCGAAAAAUGCCAGCAUGGGGCGUACCAAAGUUCAUGAAGACAACUGCUGAAGUAGAGUCGGUGUACCUGCAGAACGAUCGUCUCCUGAUCGAGUGCGAAGUCAAUGUUAUCAAGGAAUCACUCGAUAUCCUUGUGCCGCCCUCUGACAUUCUGGAUAAUCUUGCAACCUUGCUAGAGGGGAAGAUAGGAGCAGACGUGACUUUCAAGGUUCAAGGGGAGGUCUUUUCCGCGCAUAAGAUUUUGCUCGCGAUGCGAUCGGCGGUCUUCAACGCGGAGUUCUAUGGUCCGAUGGGGGACAAAGGUGCACAGGACAUAGUUAUUGACGACAUGCAGCCUGCUGUUUUCAAGGCAUUUCUUUACUUCAUAUACACGGAUUCAAUGCCUUCCAUGGACGAUCUUGAGGAUGAUGAUAAAAGAGAAAUGGUUAAGCACUUACUCGUGGCUGCGGACAAGUAUGUGAUGGAAAGGAUGAAGAGGAUAUGUGAAGGGAUGCUAUGCAGGGUUCUUGAUGUUGAGACACUAGGGACCAUGUUAGCUCUAGCUGACCAGUAUCACUGCAGCAACCUCAAAGAUGCUUGCGUUGAAUUUAUGCUCUCUUCGGAUAGAAUGGAUGAUGUGAUCGCAAGCCAAGGGUAUUUACAACUGAAAAGAUCUUCUCCUGAUAUCAUUGUAGAGGUAUUGGAGAGAGCGGCUAAGUCCCGCAGAAUUUAGUACGCCAACCUGAUAAGCUACUGCUUAUCCUUCAGUUCUGAUUGAUCUUUGGAGCCGAAUGUCUUAUGUUGGGAUGGGGAAGGCAAAUAUGUCUUGCUAAAUUUAUGAUGCCCAUCCUGGUUUAGCUUCUAUCUAGUUACUUUUGAUACAUAGCGACCUUAGAUGAGGUUGCCAUGUCUUUAGGUUUCCAGAGAUCUUUUGGAGGAAGCAGUUGGUUCUAUAAAAUGUAUGUCUCCAGUGUAUUUGUUGCCCCAUCUGAUGUAAGUAUAUAUGAAUCCAUGGUAGCUCACUACUUGCCUUUGUUAUCUGCUUA